CUGGGAUCUGGUGGUGGACAGCUUCUCUUGGAUCUACUCGAUCGCAUCGCCUCAAAUCUCCUCUCUUCUCUCUCACGUGAAGAUGGGGCUGUCUUUCAGCAAGCUCUUCAGCCGGCUUUUUGCCAAGAAAGAGAUGAGGAUUCUUAUGGUCGGUCUUGAUGCUGCGGGUAAAACCACCAUUCUCUACAAGUUGAAACUGGGAGAGAUUGUGACUACCAUUCCUACUAUUGGGUUUAAUGUGGAGACUGUGGAAUACAAGAACAUCAGUUUCACUGUGUGGGAUGUUGGUGGUCAGGACAAGAUCCGUCCCUUGUGGAGACACUACUUCCAGAACACGCAAGGCCUUAUUUUUGUGGUUGACAGUAAUGACCGAGAUCGUGUUGUUGAGGCUAGAGAUGAACUACACAGGAUGCUUAAUGAGGAUGAGUUAAGAGAUGCAGUGCUGCUCGUCUUUGCAAACAAACAAGAUCUUCCUAAUGCUAUGAACGCAGCGGAAAUCACUGACAAGCUUGGCCUGCAUUCCCUUCGUCAACGCCACUGGUACAUCCAGAGCACAUGUGCCACAUCUGGAGAAGGGCUGUAUGAGGGAUUGGACUGGCUGUCAAACAACAUUGCUAACAAGGCUUAGGUAUUACUGGGCACGAGAGCUGAAAGUUACCAAAGAUGUCGUCUUUUUUAUAAAUAUAUAUAUGGUCAGAGGGAGUUGUUCCCAUGACCCAUUACCUACCCUAGCUUUGUUGUCAAUAGACCAGAAUAUUCUGGAUAGUUGUGCUUCAUAUUUCAGGCUGCGAUGUUUAUUAUUAUUAUUUUUAUUUUUUCUUGUCAACUCUGUUUCUGGUGACUUACGUUUUGGCUGAAUUUCGCAUUCAGACGUCAGCACUUAAAAGCCGAACUUGAUGGCUCAGUUUCUAUUAGAUUCUUUGUCACUGUCUUAA